GGUUGCUGGCCUCCAGCUGCUAUGGCUGCCUGGGGGGAAGGGAGAGCUCACCUGAGCUCAGGACCACGGAAUUUAGGAUCCCUUCCUUUUGCUGCUUCCCACCCACUUUUAGACCCACAUUAGGCCAAUCCGUGAACCAGGGAAACUGAGGCAGGAAACAAAGGAACGCUUCUUCAAUGCCUUCUCCAGGCGCUCGACUCCAAUCACAGGAACUGGGAGGGGGUGCUUGGAAGGGAGCGUUCUUAGUUGCCGCACCGUCCCGGAGCUGAUGUUCAGAAGAGAAUGGGGAGGCCGCGAACCCUGGGGAGGCCGAGGACCAUGCAGCUUCUGACUCCCGCUCCCCGCCGCUUUGGGGCGAGACAGGAGACCAAAGCCAGAUGUGCGGGCUUGCAGAGUCUCGCAGCAAUUCUGGAGGCAGCGAUGGAAACCUCCGGCUUCACGUGGAGGAGCUAGACCCCACAGGCCCCCGGACCCUAAUCCCCGCGCUCGCCAUGGCUGGCGCCGAGGUCCAGAUGCUGCUCCUGCUGCUGUACCCCGGGCUGCUGCCGCUUGCCACGGCCGCCCGUGGGGACCCGUUCGCCCAGCAGCUGGGCCCCACCAGCUCGUGCCAGAUGCAGUGCAGUCUCUGGAUUCCUCACGCGGGGGCGGCGGUGCAGGAGGAGCUGCAGAACGCCUGCGCCCGGGGCUGCCGCCUCUUCGCCAUCUGCCGCUUUGUGACGGCCAGCUCCGAGGCCAACGUCACCCUGGCUGAGUGCAAAGCAGCCUGUCUGCAGGCCUAUGACCAGGCUCGAGAACAGCUGGCAUGCACUGAAGGAUGCUUGAGGCAGAUGCCUGAUUCGCAGAGACCUUCAUUUCCACCUCUACCUUCACCUUCACCUUCACCUCCACCUGAGCACCAUAAGGGACAGAGACCAGUGCCUCCACCUGACACCAUUUCAGUGAUGGAUGUCUUAUCCAAUCUGUGUAAUAAGUUGAUCAGCUCAGCCCAAAGCUUUAUCUCUUCCACUUGGACCUAUUACCUACAGGCAGACAAUGGGAAGAUGGUAGUUUUCCAGUCACAGCCUGAGAUGGAAGCACCUAAGCCAGAAGCAACUCAAAACCAUGCCGAGGUGACCUCCCCAGUGGAUCUCCAUUCAGGUCCUAAAGAGAAAAAAGGGAAAACUAAAGGCAAAAUGACCCAGGAGACCUCCACGGGCUCCCAGCCAGAACACAACUUCCUGGGCUGCAUGUCCAAGCGCUCUGGACUGCCCAAGUGGAUCCUGGCCUCCUGCCUCCUCUUUUCGGUGCUCGUCAUGCUGUGGCUCAGCUGUGCCAGCCUUGUGACUGCACCAGACCAGCACGUCCGGAACCAGCCACUGAGCAUCUCUGGGGACAAGAAUUACCUGGAUAACCUGGAGUGGCCCUUGGCUCCGGCUCCGGCCCCCCUGAUAGCCAUCGCUGUGGAGCCCCGGGAAGCUGGCUCCUUGCCCCUAAAGGUGGAGAUGGACCGUACAACUCUGUAAAUCCCAGAGCGCCCUGGAGUUGGAGUUGUCCCUUUCUGCAAACCUCAACCCACGGAAGCCUCAGUGAUAAAGGGAUAGGGAGAGAUUCGGUGCUCCCACCCCUCUAGGACAGCUCCCCCACCCCAACUCUGCUGCCCAAUCCUUUUAGGCCUGGAAAAGUCCCCCUACUGGACCCCAAGGAAUAGUCCCCCUCUUCUCCAGUACCUGUUGUCCAGGGAUGUGUGGGUAUGAAUAGGGGAGGGGAUGAUUUGGUCUGAGUUGGGAUAGGGCUGGAAGAGGGUCUUGGCUUUCUCCUCUCCACCCUUUCUCCUUUUACUCAUCCUACAUUACUUCCACCCCAGUGUAGCUCAGCAUGCGAGUUUUGGCCCAGCCUUCCUACCCUUCCCACCCCUAGCCACUUACCCAAAGGGCAUCUGGACCCAGUUGAAGCUGAUUUCUCUUCCCAUUCUCUUCUCCUUUCCUUCCACCCUAGAUUAAUUUAUUAUUAUUUUCUAACUUGUGAUCCUCAGCCCCUUCUGACUCAUUUUCCUCCUGGUUCUCUUGGGCUAGGCUUAGUUGGGGGAGGAGAAGGUUCUUGGGAGCCCCCUCUACCCCUAUCUCCCAGUCUCCACCAUUCAGUGACACCAGGCAGCUAGCUCGAGGCUGGCAGUGGGUGGGGGCAGUUGCUGGGGCGAGAAGAAUAAUAGGGAGUGAAUAAAAUCUUUAUAACUGA